GAACUCAGUGUGUUCAGACUCAGGUUUAUAGUCACAAAGCAGGAAAAGGAAAACGAGACUGACUCAAGAUGAGUGGUUUAGAGGAGGUCAGAGCAGAGUCUCCAGGAUCCAGCUGUCUGUCCACGAAGAAUGACAAUUCCAGCGAUUAUCCUCCAGCCUUCAGUCAUGAACCUCGACCCUCAGACAGAAAACGUCAGCAGUACAGAUUCAGAGCAGAGUCUCCAGAAUCCAGCUGUCUGUCAAUCAAGAGUGACCGUUCCAAAGAUUUUUCUCCAUUCUUCAGUCAUGAACCAAGACCCUCUGACACAAAAGUCUCCAUUGUGAAGAAAAAAUCAGAACCAGAGCUGCAGGCACCCAGUGAGAGUAGCUGUGUACAAACAGAUGCUGCUCUGCAGGAGGUUUCAGACAGACUUAAGAUCACUCAAAGGGGAAGAUUUGAACAUGUGACAGAAGGAACUGAUAGGACAGGAAGUGGAACCCUUCUCAACAGGAUCUACACUGAGCUUUACAUCACAGAUGGACAAAGGGAAGAUAUUCACACCCAACAUGAGGUGAGGCAGGUGGACAGAGCUUCCAAGAAGAUGAUCAUCCCUGAAACACCAAUCAGGUGCCAGGACAUCUUUAAAGCCUUACCUGACCAACAAAGACCCAUCAGAGUGGUUCUUACAAACGGCAUUGCUGGCAUUGGAAAAACCUUCUCAGCGCAGAAGUUCACUCUGGACUGGGCAGAGGGCUUGGAGAACCAAGACCUCAGUGUGGUGAUGCUGCUUUCAUUCAGGGAGCUGAACCUGAUCAGAGAUCAGCAGUACAGUCUUCUGCAGCUGCUCCAUGUGUUCGAGCCAACAUUACAGAAGGUCCCAGCAGAGAGGCUCGCUGUCUGUAAUCUUCUGUUCAUCUUUGACGGCCUGGAUGAAAGCAGACUUUCAUUGGAUUUCACCAACAGGAAGCUCGUGUCUGAUGUCACACAGAAGUCAUCAAUCAGAGAGCUGGUGGCAAACCUCAUCGAGGGGAAUCUGCUUCCCUCGGCUCUCAUCUGGAUAACUUCCCGACCUGCGGCAGCCAAUCAGAUCCCUCCUACAUGUGUUGACAGGGUGACAGAAGUACGAGGUUUCACUGAUGCCCAGAAGGAGGAGUACUUCAGGAGGAGAUUCAGUGAUGAAGAGCUGUCCAGCAGAAUCAUCUCCCACAUGAAGACAUCCAGGAGCCUCCACGUUAUGUGUAGAAUCCCAGUCUUCUGCUGGAUCACUGCUACAGUUCUGGAGCACAUGAUGACUACAGAGCAGACAGGAGAGCUGCCCAAGACCCUGACUGACAUGUACUCACACUUCCUGUUAGUUCAGAUAAAGAAGAAGGAGAACAAGUACCAUGAAGGACAUGAGAGAAAUCAACAGGAGCUCAGUGAGACUGACAGGGAGGUUCUUCUGAAGCUGGGGAGGCUGGCGUUUGAACAUCUGGAGAAAGGAAACAUCCUCUUCUACCAAGAAGACCUGGAGCAGUGUGGUCUGGAUGUGACAGAGGCCUCGGUGUACUCAGGAGUUUGUACAGAGAUCUUCAAACAGGAGUGUGUGAGCUUUAAGAAAUCAGUUUACAGCUUUGUUCAUCUGAGCAUUCAGGAGUUCCUGGCUGCAGUCUACAUGUUCCACUGUUACACCAACAGGAAGAUGGAGGUGCUGCAGACCUUCCUGAGUAAGGAAAUCUCAUCUCUAGAAGAACUUCUGACCAGCGCCAUGGAGAAGUCUUUCCUAAGUGAAACCUCCCACCUGGAACUGUUUGUUCGCUUCCUCCAUGGCCUCUGUCUGGAGUACAACCAGAGACUUCUUAGAGGUCUGCUGGGUCAGACAGAGAUCAGUCCAGAAAUGAUCCAGAGAGUCAUCAAAAACCUGAAGAAGAUUAAUGUGUCUGGAAAGUGUCCUGACGGAAGCGUCAACAUCUUCCACUGCCUGAUGGAGAUGAAAGACCUCUCAGUAUAUCAAGAGAUCCAAGAGUUCCUGAAGUCAGGGAACAAAUCAGGAAAGAAACUUUCUGAAAUCCAGUGCUCAGCUCUGGCCUACAUGCUGCUGAUGUCAGAGGAGGUUUUGGAUGAACUGGAUUUGGAAAAGUACAACACGUCAAAGGAGGGACGACAGAGACUGCUGCCAGCUGUGAAGAACUGCAGAAAGGCUCGACUUCAUGAUGUUUCACCCUCAGAGGGUCACUGCGGAAUAGUGGCCUCAACUCUGAAAUCCAACCCCUCCCAUCUGAGAGAGCUGCACCUGAGUUCAAUCAACCUGCAGGAUUCAGCAGUGAAACUAUUUGCUAGUCUGGAGAGUCCAAACUGCAAACUAGAGACACUGAGAUUGGAGAAGUGCAAUUUGUCAGGGACCAGCUGUGCUGCUCUGGUAUCAGCUCUGAAAUCCAACCCCUCCCAUCUGAAUCAUCUGGACCUGAGAGCAAACAACCUGCAGGAUUCAGGAGUGAAAAAGCUGUGCGGUUUCCUGGAGAGUCCACACUGUAGACUGGAGACUCUGAGUCUGGCAGAAUGCAGUGUGUCAGAGACCAGCUGUGCUGCUCUGGUCUCUGCUCUGAAGUCCAACCCCUCCCAUCUGAAACAUCUGGACCUGAGAGCAAACAACCUGCAGGAUUCAGGAGUGAAACAAUUGUGUGGUUUCCUGGAGAGUCCACGCUGUAGACUGGAGACUCUGAGUCUGGCAGAAUGCAGUUUGUCAGAGACCAGCUGUGCUGCUCUGGUCUCUGCUCUGAAGUCCAACCCCUCCCAUCUGAAACAUCUGGACCUGAGAGCAAACAACCUGCAGGAUUCAGGAGUGAAACAAUUGUGUGGUUUCCUGGAGAGUCCACGCUGUAGACUGGAGACUCUGAGUCUGGCAGAAUGCAGUUUGUCAGAGAUCAGCUGUGCUGCUCUGGACUCUGCUCUGAAGUCCAACCCCUCCCAUCUGAAACAUCUGGACCUGAGUGGAAACAGCUUGCAGGAACCAGAUGUGGAGCAGCUGUCUGAUUUUGUGAAGCGUCCCCACUGCAGACUGGAGGAUGUGAGGUGGCAGUCACGGUGAACAGGACGGUGCUGAGUGUGGAUGAGCUGUGUCCUGAUAACUGCAGCAGCAGCUUAUGAGCAGAGAUCUGACUGUGCCACAUUAAUGGGAGGCUGAGUGCUUCAUCCAGCAGUGACUGACUGCUGCAGAGCGAGCUGAUCUGAGAACAGCUCCACUGCCACACAGUGUAUGGUCAAACACCAUCCCUGUGUGCCCCUCUGGAUGUACCUGGACUGCUUUGCUGCUGCUCUGUCACAGUCUCUGUAGACACACUGAAACUCCUCCACUCCUUCUGCUCCACACCUUCUCCACCUCAUUUUAUGUCAUCUUUUUAUUCAUUCACACACAAACAAUUUAGUGUGUUUUAUAAGAACCAAUCAGUGACAAAACAUCUAUUUUAAACAUAAAAAUCUGUUUCUUCAUCAUAAUCUAGAAGUCUGAUUUGAUCCAGUCAGGACUGACGUACCAGUCAGGAUCAAACCCUUCAGGUUCAAUUAGUCUGAAGCUCUCAAAAUGAAUCCUGAUACCCAGGCAACACAUUAAAUCAUGGCCUAAUACAGGUUUUUGGCAACAGAUAAAGAUUUCCUCUAAUUCAUUAUUACACAAAUUUUUUCUGACACCCUGACAGAGUGAACACUAACCUGAGAAGGUGGGGUUAGGGGUAGGGAAUAGCUUGUGUUGCAAUGAUCAUAUUGUCCUGUUUUGUAGCCUCCUCUUCCUCCAGCAGGAGCUUGAAACAUGGUAGGGCUCAAUUCUGAAGGUCAAAAAAGUAGCGGCUGUCCAGUGACGCCCACGACUUCAGUCAUGGGCAUUUGAGGGGCUGCUGGAGGCUCUGCAUGUCACUGUAAGGUGUGGGAGAAAAGGUGGAGGUUGAACAGGUGCAGUCAUUGGAGGUGCACAAUCGAGGUCAUGAUCCACUCUGACACACAGGACACGAUCACCACCACACACCCAAACCGUUUUUCACUGUGGGGCAGUUCAUUCAUGGUCCCAGGGUUCAGUUUGAUGGUUUUAUUAGAGUUUUGGCUGAUUCAGAGCCUGUCUGGUAAUUAUAAUUAUGCUUUUAGUUUUGGAGUUCCUCCCCUCCUUUGUAAAGUUUCUGUGUUGUGUGUUUGUCUACCUCCAUCCUGGUUCAUUUUAAGUGUUUUUUUGUGUGUGUGUGUCUUGUGUCUAGAUUAACGUCCCCCUCUGACUCAUUAGCUUAUUGUCUUCAGCUGUGUUUUCACCUGUCCCCCACGUCCCUUGUUAUCCGGUGUGUUUAUACUGUCUGACCCUCCUUUUGUACAUUGUCAUAUCAUCCCUCUUGGUUGUGUUUCCUUGUUCCACUACUGUAAAGCUGCUUUUAUGUUCGGGUGAGUCGUGCAUGUGGGGCUUCACCCUGACACAGGUCUGAGAUCCAAACAGUUGGACGUGUUCCUCAAAUAUGUGAGGUUAGAGGAUGGAGGGGCUGCCUUCCAGGAUCAAUCACCACCAUAUCAACUCCAGAUCCCACAUCAGUGAGGCUUUUCCACGUCACUGACACCACAUUUUUAUAGAUCUUUGAAAUAAAAUCAAUCUCUCCAAAAAUGGUCUUUCUGAGAGUUUAAUCCUUUGCAGAAGAUUCAAACAACAACAGUCCUCGAGGCUUUAGACAAAGAUUGAUAACAAGCACAGAAUAAUUUACCAAUAAUUUGACCAAUAAUAAUAAUAAUCAGCUGGUGCUCAGAAUAUCAGAGUUUUCUUAUUGCCUAUUUGUAUUAGAGUCAAAGGUUUUUUUGAAUGUCCCAGCAGCCUCUCCUCACAGUGAAGCAGAUCAAAGCAGAUGAAAGCACUGAGGUGUGUGUCUGUCCCUCAGAGGCCACCAAUAAUUAAAGAAUUAAUUAAAUAAACAUUUGGAAAGUGUUUUAUUAACGGGAUCAAAACUCCCCGCAGGUUGUAGUCAAAAUCAAUACAUUUACACCUUCAAACUUCACAAAGGAACAAGACAAAGAUGCCCAACCUGUCCUCCCAUGUUCACUCUAUACAGUGAAUGGAAAUGAGGACAUGCACAGUCCAAUACUGUGAAAACUGGUGCUGGGAAAACAGGAAGUCUGCACACCAGGAAAAGCUGCUGGGUAUUAAGGAUACGUUUAAUAAAAAAACCAUGAUGAGAGUGCUGCCCUUCCUCAGAUGUAUUUAGUUCUAUCUUAUGAGCCCUGAUUUGUUCCCGUUUCCUCUCACCUUGUUACCUUGUGUAUAAAUAGUUUGUGUUUC